AUGCGCCUUCUUCAAGGACUUCUGGUGAUUCUCGCCGCCGCUACAGCAUCUGCAGCGGUACCUCGCCAACGUCGGCCGUAUGUCCUCCGCCAAGAAGCUCCCUCGGAACCGGGAGGCGCGCUUCCUACUCCGUCAGUGACGCCCUCGCAACCCUCGCCUUCUGUUGAUGUGCCUUCGUCGGUGUCGGUGUCGGUGGUCUCUCCCAUCGGCCCGAGUCCUACCCCGGAUCCUGUCCCCGUGAUCCCCGAACCGCCAUCCGUAAGCCCAGGAACGCCGUCGGAUAUUGUGACGCCUACUCCUUCGCCGCCAUCGCAGCCCGUUAACACCUCCGACGUUCCUAUCGUCACCGAAAUGCCUUGUAUCGCCGAGUGCAGCGAAGUGGACGAAGUCGACGACGGUAUCUACAUCGAGUUGGACAUACUCAAGAAAGAGUGCGGUGUCCCCACUUCGCAGUCUUGUGUUCUUCUUUGUGAGGACCUUUGGUCCGAGUUCGAUAAGUGCUAUAAAUGCGUGUGGGACCAGCCCGAGCACAACAAUGAGGAGUUGAACAAAUUCAACGACUUGUACGCAUUCCGCCGGGAGAACUGUGAUCCCUGCGAAUCCGUGUGCGGCUCGAUCGGCGCCCCAAUGAACGCGAGCUGCACCGACGGCAAGAUUGCCUGCCACGGUCUCUGCCCCAAUUAUGACCUCGCCAGUAGCUGCUGGGACUGCGCGAACAAGUACCAUCUGGGGUACGCCUACCCUCAAAGGGCCCUCGAGUUUUACUGCGAGGAAUCAUGCGGUAAAGAUUGCGGAUGGGUUGGCGACACCUACGCCCAGCAGUGCGAGAACCUUGAGAAUCCAAGCGAUUGUGUGCUCUGCAAUGGUGCGGAUGCCAGGCCAACCCUCGACCGGUGCAACAUCUGCGUACGCAGCUCACUUCUGUACACGGAGCAGAAGUCGACGGUCCUGGCUUCUCUGGCCAUAGUUUACGAGAUGUGCAAGAAAGAUGAUGACCCAGUCCCGAAAGGCUGUGAGAAGGAGUGCGAGAUUAUCACCAAAGUAUACCCCGGGCUGUGCAAUGGUCAAGAUGCCGACAAAUGCAGGGGGAUCUGUCCGCCGCCAUCCAAACCCGUGGAGGUCAAGGUCCCCAACCCGAUUGGUCUCCCGGAAGUUGUAGACCGUGAGAACAAGAACCCGCCGCCGCGCAACAUCACAUCGCGCCCCAACCGGAACCCGUUCGGAAACACUACCGUCCCAAUCAAUGCCAAGAAUGACCAAACCAGUAGCGGCGGCAUCCCGACGUGGGGGAUUGGCGUUGCAGUAGGAGGUAGCGUGAUCCUGGUGGUAGGCGCUGCGGCCGCUUUCAUCGCCAACGGAUACGAGUGCGACCAUGACCACCGCCGCCUCCGCCGCAAGAAGAAGAACAAGAAGAAGAGGAAUGACGACGACAACAUGCCGGCCCCCGAGAUGCAACAGGAACCCGAGAAGCCUCAUGUUGUCGGCUACAUGGUCCCGGCACAGGGGUACGCUUCCGUCCCAACACAUGAUUACAGCACGUCGCAAUAUCCACAACAGUAUCCCCAACCGGUUUCCCAGCAGUAUCCCCAGCAGUAUCCGCAGGAUCCCUACGGCGAGCCGAGCCAGUACCAGCAGGGCGGAAGAUACUAA